UUGGUGAACAAGAAUAGAAAACCAAGGCCGUUUGAUAUUGCUGCUAAAAAUGAUAAACAAAUUGGUAAAAGACCUCAAGAUAAUGUGAUAUCAACAAAUCCAAUCCAAGCUACGUCUGUCUGGAGAAAGAAACUAAAUAAUAAUAAGUUCGGAGUAGAGUAUAUAGAACUUGAAAAAAAGUUAAUGGGCCAAAAUAAAUACUAUCAG